AUGUCGACCGAACCGACAACGAAGACAAAAGAAGAUGUUUUUGUCAAAGUUUACAGUCUCACUACAGCACCGAAGCAGGGUGAAGAUGAGGGAGCAUCUAUUUCAAUCGGCCGCAUGGCUGUCACGACACUCAAGUUCUCGGACGAUGCCUCAACAUUUCAGUCUCGUAUCACGCUGGCAGAAAUCAGGAACAAGAUAGUUGAAGCUCUAAGCAGCGCACAAACGUUCAAGUUUUGCGCUGACGAUUGCUCUCUUGUCCCUGAAGAUGUCACUCUCGAAACAUACAAGCAGAUGAUGCGUAGUAGUGCCAUGCGGGAAGCUAAGAUAGCCACUGUACUGAUCGCACCGACCUCUGAGCCUGCUUCUAGUCAAAGCGCUGCCUUGAAGGACUCGUUUAUCAUGAAGUUUAUUCAGGUGGGGGAUAAACCUGAAGAUGCAAAGAAUGUCGGAUCUCUUCAUGCUUCGGUCUUCAAAGGCAAAGACCCGUCGACAAUGAUCUUAGGAGAACUUCGCAGACUGAUUAGCAAGAUGUCCGCGGAUCCAAAGAUGCACACGUUUUGUUCUCUCGAUGGAACCGCAGCUGGAGAUGAACUGACGCUGCAGAGGUACCUCGCUCUGGAUAAUGCAAAGGUUCACCCCUCUGAUGGAACGCCAGCCAUUCUGAUACGCUAUCGAAGUGGCGAUGCAAAGGUCUCCGCGGCUGCGUCUAAAUUCCAUGGCGCUAGCGAAGAUGUGUUGCAGGCUAUGGCACAAAUGAAGCCCGACCUUACCUUCAAAGAUAGAUCAGCUGAGGAGAUGCAUGUCGAUAAGACAGCUCUGCAGGUCCAGGAAAGUCUUCGUGCUUCAGACAUUGCAGCACGUGAAGCAUCCCCACUUAAAUACACGAGCCAAAUGGACGAAGCCGAUUGGGACUCUGUACUGAGGAACUGUUCUUUAUUGUAUGGCUGGAAAAUCGACAAGCGGACCAAUAGCAUAGUGAGAGCCACUACCCCGGCGUUUCGGCUGAGAAACAAAUUGCCACCUAGGCCUAUAGUCGUUUCUCUUCCGGCUCCUCCAGAGCAAAAGAUCACUCCAAGUGCUCCAACCGAAGCCUCGGUCACCUCAACAUCUGGCACUGAGGACGCCCCUGGUGUUUCAGCUGAAGGACAGGGAACCGAAGCAGCCGUCGAAACAAAAGCUUCACUGACCGCGGAAGAUGUUGAAGCACCCAUUCCAGCAAAGCUUGGGGCCAUUCCAUCUUAUGCGAUCAAUGACAGAUCUAGAAUUCAAAUCACGAUGGUGAGCAAUCAGUUCCAGGAAUCCAUGGCUAGAAAUCAUUUUGGGGCUUCGUCCGUGGAAGCCUCGGCAUCUGGCGGAUGGGGCAAAUACUCAGUCGGCUUUACGGGCGGUACUGCCAAGGAGGAUGCGUCUAGUGCAAGCGAUACCACAAAGGGCUUUGCAAAGCGAAUGGUUGGAAGUUACAUGUUCCCUCGAGUUGAUGUCUUCCUUCGACCAGAGGACUUAGAGCCAACUGAGGAACUUCGUGCAGCCCUUGAUGGGAUCAAGAAAACCAAGAAUAUCAACGCACUCCGAGAGCUUUAUAGUACCUUUGGUCAUUUAUUCUGUCAUUCUGUGACCCUUGGAGGCUGCCUUCAAACUACGCAAAUUGUCACCAGCGAUCAAGUCGUUGAGCAGAGCAAAGAAAAGGAGUCAUUCAAGGCACAAGUUGGAGUUGCCAUUUCCACACCAUUCGGCGCUAAAGGAAACGCCAAAGGUUCGAACGAGACCCAAGACAGUACAGAAGCCUUCGAGAGUAGUACGAGCACGAGCGAGAACAUGGCAUUUGAGGCAACUGGUGGCAAUUCGAUCCUUGCAGCAGAUCCACCGGCGUGGAGCGGUUCUGUUGCAAACUUCAACAAUUGGCGUAUUAUUGAGCAGACCGAACUGACCCCAAUUGUUGACACUAUCUCCAAGAUGGCUGGCUAUGGUGAGACUCGGUCGUGGUUCUUCGCCGCGGUGCCUAAGCUCAGCGAAUACAUGGUAAUUCCAGAAUCAAUGAUGCUGUAUGUUCGUUUCAAGGUUGCCAGCCAGAACGAGAGUUUUGGCGUCAUAUCUACAAAGGAGGUACCUGCCUACCUAGGACAUCGCCCGAACGUGUCGGUAACACCAAUACGUACGAACAUUUACGUACCAAAAUUAAACCCCGAAGAGCCUUUUAGAAAUGGGCCGUUUGGGCUUAUUGGCGACAUGACCAAGAUUACCACACAGGAUCUCAGUUCUUCUACUUUUCCAAUCUUUGAACCGAGUAGGACUCAAGUGCCAACCCUGAUAUUCCCUUCUGGAGCAGAGCUCGGCACCAAAACAGAUAAAGCAUUCAGCCAUGUAAUAUGGCGAUUGGAGAUUGCUAGGGGGCAUAGCAUCGGCCCUGAUACCUUGCUAUGCGUCAAAUCGGCGGCAAUGCCUAACGCUGAUUUAGCUCUAACGGUGUAUCGCAACGCGCAAGGAGUCUUCCUUCCAUCCAUUAGCAGCACAGAUGAGCCAUGUUACUGGCGACUCGAGCCCGUCGAAAGUUCAGGAAUAUCCAAGAUGAAAGGGGAUCGUUACAAAUUCGGCGACUCCUUCAGACUUAUCUGGUCAUUCUCCGACCAAACAAGUGGCUUCCGCGACUUUGUUGAUGAUUCAUAUGGUCGACGUAACCUGACUCGUCCAUCUGAUAUCAAGAGUGAUAAGCUAUGCUUCAAGGUACCCUUCCCACGGUUCGAAAGCAUGUCAUCGGAUUAUAUAGCAGUAGCCAUGUCGACUGCCUUGACAACGGAUCCUAUCAUCGACAAAAUAAAAGUACGCUAUGGAUCCAACAACCAAGAGAGGUCUUACAACUUCCAUGAUCUGACGUUUCGGGUCGAUCUGGUUGGUAAUGAUGGUAAUGGCGAUAAAGAUGACUAUGCAAAUCUUGCGGCAACGAGCUGGCAGGAGUUAGAUCAGAAGCUUACGUUUAUGGAGAGGCUGAUGGAACACCGACAAGCUUCUCCGAAAUGA